UAGUCCUGUCGUGAACUACAUCUCCCAGGAAGCCGUGGCGCGGGGACGCGUGUCCACUGCUGCGCCCACUAGGAGAAAGCCUUACUCAGCCAGGUCCGCUGUGCCGGGCCAAUCUCUUUGCCCGGCACCUUGAGCUGGAACCUGAGACGGCUUCAUUCCCCAGUGAUGCUCCAGUUGCCAGAAAGACGGCAAGUUUAUGAUUGUCCUGAGAAAGAGGAGCAGAGUGGUUCUUGCCAAUUUCGGCAGAACGACUGGCAUUUUUCAGCUGUACAAGUCCGCUCUCGGGUUGUGAUUUUCCUGGAAAAGUGGAAACCAGAGCGCCUGCUUUGCACAGCAAGUGACACCUCUUGGAGCCGAUUUGCUGCUGCUCCUACCAAAACCACGGCUCGUUUCGUUCACCUCCUACGUCUCAUUAUCCGUUGAUCGUUUUGGUAGUCCGUCUUGUAAAUGUUUAGCAUUUUGCUGCUUUACUACUUCUUUCUGGGGACAGUUCCAGCAUUUGCCGAGACCGGCGGAGAGAGGCGACUGAGCCCUGAGAAGAGUGAAAUAUGGGGACCAGGGCUAAAAGCAGCUGUUGUCCUUCCUGCGCGAUAUUUCUAUAUUCAGGCGGUGGAUACGUCAGGAAAUAAGUUCACAUCUUCUCCAGGUGAAAAGGUAUUCCAGAUUAAAAUCUCGGCACCAGAUGAGCAAUUCACUAGAGUUGGAGUCCAGGUUUUAGACCGAAAGGAUGGGUCCUUCAUAGUCAGAUAUAGAAUGUAUGCAAGCUACAAAAAUAUGAAGGUAGAAGUUAAAUUCCAAGGUCAACAUGUGGCCAGAUCUCCAUAUAUUUUAAAAGGGCCAGUUUACCAUGAGAAUUGUAACUGUCCUUUGGAAGAUAGUGCAGCCUGGCUACGGGAGAUGAGCUGCCCAGAAACCAUCGCUCAGAUUCAGAGAGAUCUGGCACAUUUCCCUACUGUUGAUCCAGAAAAGAUUGCAGUAGAAAUCCCAGAGAGAUUUGGACAAAGGCAGAGCCUGUGUCACUAUACCUUGAAGGAUAACAAGGUUUAUAUCAAGACUCAUGGUGAGCAUGUAGGUUUCAGAAUUUUCAUGGAUGCCAUACUACUUUCUUUGACUAGAAAAGUGAAAAUGCCCGACGUGGAGUUUUUUGUUAAUUUGGGAGAUUGGCCUUUGGAAAAAAAGAAAUCCAGUUCACAUAUCCAUCCAAUCUUUUCCUGGUGUGGCUCCACAGAUUCCAAGGAUAUUGUGAUGCCUACCUAUGACCUGACUGACUCCGUUCUAGAAACCAUGGGCCGAGUAAGUCUGGAUAUGAUGUCUGUGCAAGCUAACACAGGUCCUCCCUGGGAAAGCAAAAACUCCACAGCUAUCUGGAGAGGGCGAGACAGCCGCAAAGAGAGACUCGAGCUGGUUAAACUCAGCAGAAAACACCCAGAACUCAUAGAUGCAGCCUUCACCAACUUUUUCUUCUUUAAACACAAUGAAAGCCUUUAUGGCCCCAUUGUGAAACACAUUUCUUUUUUUGAUUUCUUCAAGCAUAAGUAUCAAAUAAACGUUGAUGGCACUGUCGCAGCAUAUCGCCUGCCAUAUCUUCUAGUCGGUGACAGUGUUGUGCUGAAGCAGGAUUCUAUCUACUAUGAACACUUUUACAAUGAGCUGCAGCCCUGGAAACACUACAUUCCAGUUAAAAGCAACCUGAGUGAUCUUCUAGAAAAACUUAAAUGGGCAAAAGAUCAUGAUGAAGAGGCAAAAAAGAUAGCAAAAGCAGGACAAGAAUUUGCAAGACAUAAUCUCAUGGGCAAUGACAUAUUCUGUUAUUAUUUUAAACUUUUCCAGGAAUAUGCCAGUUUACAAGUGAGUGCGCCCCAAAUCCGAGAGGCCAUGAAGAGGGUAGAACCAGAGACUGAGGAUGACCUCUUUCCUUGCACGUGCCAUAGGAAAAAGACCAAAGAUGAACUCUGAUAUGCAAAAUACCUUUCCUUCAAAUAAUGGUGCUCUGAAGACUCUUCUUAACUGAAAAGAAGAUUUUUAAAAAAUAUUAAUUUCCACCCUGGCUGGUGUAGCUCAGUGGAUUGAGCUCAGGCCUGCAAAUCAAACUACCACGGUUCCAUUCCCAGUCAGGGCACAUGCCUGGGUUGCAGGCCAGUUACCAACAGGGGAUGUAUGAGAGGCAACCAUACAUUGCUAUUUCUCUCCCUCUCUCCUUCCCUUCUCCUCUAAAGAUAAAUAAAUAAAUAAAAUCUUUUAAAAAAUUAAUUUCCAUGGACAAUAGAAGUUCUGCUUGUGAUUGUCUGGCUUAUGAAGAUGUUUCUUCUUAUUAUUCAGUAUUCCGGCAACUGUUCUUUAAAGCAUGUUUUUAGAAUUUUUAAA